AUGCACUCACUUUUACCCUGGGUUCCAUUACGGUCCACACACUCUCUCUUGAACAUCCCCUUCGUCACAGAUGGUAACGAGACAGCGAUGUGGGACUCGCGAGUAAAAACCCAGCCCUACCUCCGACCCUUGACUGCAAGAUCAGAGAGCACUGUACAUGCUAUCCAGCUAAAACAAAACAAACUGCAAAUGCAAAGACGUCAGCAUUCCAGCUGGUUUGAAAAUCUGCAAAAUCGAAUUACCAGCACGAACACCAGCAGAGGUCACCAUCCGACAAUGACAACGUCGGAGAUUUAUUCUGACAGUGCAAGCCGAGUUUCACACCAACAUUCUAGUAGAUGA